AGUGCAAAGCAAAUGACGAAUAUACUACCAUUUUGAAGUAUAUGGAAUUAUCUUUUCUUCUUCAUUUUGCAGGACGCUUGAAACCCCAGAGAGAGAGAGAGAGAUGGAGCUCAGACCUGGACUAUCAGCUCUGAUCACAGGCGGAGCCUCUGGAAUCGGUAGAGCUCUUAGUUUGGCUCUUGCAAGGAAAGGAAUUUUUGUGACUGUUGUUGAUUUCUCUGAAGAAAGGGGGAAAGAAGUUGCUUCCCUCAAUGAAAAGGAAAAUGCAAAGUUUCAUUCAGAUUUAAAAUUUCCCUCUGCUCUGUUUAUUAGAUGUGAUGUAACUAAUACAAGGGAUGUGGCUGCUGCUUUUGAGAAGCACGUUCAGACAUAUGGAGGAUUAGAUAUCUGUAUCAAUAGUGCUGGUAUUGCUAGCUCUGUAGUAUUUUAUAAUGACAAAACUGAUGGCGAAGGUUCAUGGAGACGGGCUGUUCGUGUGAACCUCAUUGCGGUUAUUGACUGCACUCGCCUUGCGAUUCAAACUAUGCAAACUGCAGGAAAGCCUGGUGUAAUCAUAAACAUUGGGUCUGCUUCAGGUCUUUAUCCAAUGUACGGUGACCCUAUAUACUCUGCUACCAAAGGCGGUGUCGUUUUAUUUACCAGAUCACUUUACCCCUAUAGGCGUCAAGGAAUUCGCAUCAAUGUGCUUUGCCCUGAGUUUGUCGACACUGAAUUGUCAGCGAAAGUAGAUCCCAAAUUUAUCCAAUCAAGUGGGGGAUUCAUACCUAUGGAAAUGGUUGUGGAUGGUGCUUUUGAGCUUAUAAAAGAUGAAAGCAAGGCUGGCAAGUGCUUAUGGAUUACAGAACGUAGAGGAAUGGAGUACUGGCCCACACCCAUGGAAGAAAGAAAGUACUUAGUAACUUCAUCACAAGCGAAACAACGCUUCUCAUAUACUACAAAAUCUAGUCUUGAAAUACCCCACACUUUCAGAAAAAUAGUUGUUCAUACCCUCAGUCACAAUUUCCGCAAUGCUACUGAAAUUGUGCAUACACAAUUAAGCCUCCCUAUCAAGCCACAUCAUGUUGUUGUCAAAAUCAUAUAUGCAGGCGUCAAUGCUAGUGAUGUAAAUUUUUCAUCUGGGCGUUACUUCAGUGGCGGGAGUAAAGAUAUAGCCUCACGUCUUCCAUUUGAUGCUGGUUUUGAGGCUGUUGGCUUGAUUGCUGCGGUAGGGGAUUUGGUCAAUGACCUGAGAAUUGGCACUCCUGUUGCAAUCAUGACUUUUGGAAGUUAUGCUGAAUUUACAAUGGUUCACAAAAAACACAUUCUUCCGGUGGCUAGACCAGAUCCAGAGGUUGUGGCUAUGCUGACAUCUGGACUGACAGCAUCUAUUGCUUUGGAGAAGGCAGCACUGAUGGAUUCUGGAAAGGUAGUUCUUGUUACAGCUGCCGCAGGGGGGACAGGACAAUUUGCAGUUCAGCUUGCAAAAUUAGCAGGAAAUAAGGUGGUUGCCACUUGUGGAGGUGAACAAAAGGCUGCACUUUUGAAGGCAUUGGGAGUCGAUCGUGUCAUAGAUUAUAGGAAGGAAGAUGUCAAAUCUGUUUUGAAGAAGGAAUUUCCAAAAGGUGUGGAUAUCAUCUACGAAUCUGUUGGUGGAGAAAUGUUUGACCUAUGCUUAAAUGCAUUGGCUGUCUAUGGACGCCUCAUUGUCAUUGGGAUGAUUUCUCAGUAUCAAGGAGAGCAUGGGUGGCAGCCUUCGAACUAUACUGGACUGUGUGAAAAGAUUCUGGCAAAAAGCCAAACUGUGGCGGGAUUUUUCCUGGUCCAAUAUAGUCACCUUUGGAAAGAGCAUCUGGAUAGGCUUUUCGAUCUGUACUCUUCAGGAAAACUCAAGGUGUCCUUAGAUCCCCGGAAAUUCUCGGGCAUCAGUUCUGUUGCAGAUGCAGUCGAAUAUCUCCAUUCUGGUAGAAGCCAAGGCAAGGUUGUCGUGUGCAUUGAUCCAACCUUUGAUCAACAACCAUCAAAAUUAUAACUAGGUGAUGCAAUCAUGUGCUUUGUCUCAAUGACUAUUGACAUUUGCUAGACCCACUUGGUUGAAAAAAAUAAAAAAAAGUCAAAAGAGAAAAUUUGUGUUCUAAUGGUGUUUGGAAUAUGAUACUAAUCAAUGCCCAAUGUGAAUCUCUUGUGCUAA